CCAUAUUUGAGCCUCAUCUACGGAGUACGUAAUUUCUAGCGCAUAGGACAACUUCACAACAUCCACCCAGAAUCGCCAACAUGGGUCAGUCAACGCUCGACCUCAUCGACACUGCGGUCAUCACAGGCGGUGCUGGGGGCAUUGGUCGAGCCAUUGCCGAAUCACUCCUCCGACACGGCAAGAAAGUCGUCAUCGCCGGACGUACCGAGUCGAAGCUGAAGCAGACGGCAUUGGAGAUUGGUGCAGCGGCAUACUAUGUACUCGACACCGGCAAGAGCGAUGCCGUCGCGGACGUGUCCCAAAAGAUCCUGUCCGACCAUCCGGACGUGAACUGCCUGAUCAACAACGCCGGCGUGCAGAGACCGUUCCAAUUCCCCAACAUCAAGGACGAUCAAGAGUACUCGUUCGACUUGGACAAAGCCGACGCCGAGAUCGACAUCAACAUCCGCGGGCCCAUGCACUUGACGCUGCGGUUCCUGCCGCACUUGACGACGAACCUGCCAGCUGGUAAGAAGGGCGUCAUCAUCAACGUGUCGAGUGUCCUGGGCUUUCUACCGAGCAGUGUGAUCAACCCGGUGUACAACGGGACGAAGGCGUGGGUGCAUUUCUUCACGAUGAAUCUGAGGACGCAGUAUGCGCAGUCCGGCAAGUUGAGGGUCGUCGAGAUUGCGCCGCCGACGGUGAGCACGGAUCUACAUCGCGAACGGACCGAUCCAAGGGACAAUUCCAAGGAGAAGAAUCAGGCUGCACUGACUUUGGACGAGUUUAUCAGUGACGUGGAGCAGGGGUGGAAGGAAGGGAGGGAGUUGAUUGCACCUGGACCGGCCGGAGCGGUGGUCGGGGAGUGGGUGAAGGCGUACGGUGAAAGAUAUCAGAAGGCGACUGGUGGCAAGUAGGUCUGGGGCUGUGAUGGCGCUUCUGUGAGCCUACACAUGAAGAAUAGACUUGGGCCUGAAGGAUUUUGUCAAAUAUGGGAUGACCAGGCUCAGCCUUGCAACGGGCGUGUUCAGCCUGGUCGAGAAAAAUACAGUACAGGUGUUCC